CAAUGGAGUGCAGAUUCAUGCUAGGAAAAGUGUCUUCAGCAGACAGAACAACAUCCAUGGAUGCCAAAAAGCGAGAAACAGCUUCGGGGGGGCCGAAUGGAGUUGGAAGAUGGGUGAAUCCAGAUCAGAAAUACAUGGAAGGCGGUUUGGUGCCUGAAGAAUGGGUAGAUAUAGCUGCCGGAUUUGUGGCCCCGAUGGCUUUCCAAGCAGAGAUGCAAGCCAUUUGGGAGGAGGAGGAGGAUGAGCAUGUCUGGCCUGAUGUUGAGGAAGAGAGGGAUAUACAGCUGGUGGAAGAAGAGGAAGAAUACAAUGAGGAGGAGGAAAAGGAGAAUGAAGAGGAGGACAGCCAUGAAGAGUGGGGCCACAAUGAGGACGAUGAUGAAGAAAAUGAUCAGGAAAUUGUAGAAGUCACAGUUGGCGCUGAAUAUAAGUAUGGAAACUCUGAUGAUGAGGCCCAAGAAGCAGAAUAUGAGAAAGAGAAAGAUGAGGAUGACACUGAAAAACUGGAAGAAGAUCCUAACAAUAAUUCAGAACCAGCUGAAAGCAGCCCCUAGAAUCCAGUUUGAACGCAAAGAAAUACAAGAAGGAAGAACCAGUGAAUUUGUAACAGAUUAAAGAUUUUCUGAUUUUUAGCAGCACGUGAGCAUUUUAUCAGCACUGGUUUUGUUCUGAAGUUAGUCACCCCAAAAGUGAUAUCCACUGUUAUCUGACUCCUCUUCUAUGCUUUUUGGAUAUAUUUGACAGCAUUCGUUUUGGUCCAAAAUAAAAGGUUUU